AUGUCGCAACAGCCUAAACCUAGCCUAGCGGCUGAUUUCACAACCUGCACUCUGGAUACACCAGACAUCCAGCACGCCGUCAGCAAGGAGGACGCCGAUGGUGGCGUUACCCCUAGGAGCCACGACCUGGGCCUUUGCAACAUCCCCCGUCACAGAUUUCUCACGCACGCCGAGUGGGCGGUUCUCGCGCAUGGUGUUGGGGGUGUCAAAGAUGCAGAAAAUCAAGCGCCUCUGCACCCUGUUCUAAUGAUCCUGCAACUCUUCCUCGGAGCCAGCCUUACAGGCCUCGGCUCGCUCAGCCUGCAACACGGCACGCCCAUCACCAUUCUUGGCGCAGCCAACACCAUCAUUGCCGGGCUACUUGCGUUUCUUCACAACAGUGGCUUGCCGGACCGCUACGGAUAUAACAUGGCCGAGUUUAGAGAAGUCGAAGAUCACAUCAGAGAGAUCCUCGAUACCGCCAUGGUCCCAACGAACCACACGAUUGAUCAAGCUCUCGCGGAGUGCUUCGACAUGUACCAGCACGCGAAAGCGACCGUCUUAGCCAACAAGCCCAUGACUUAUACCACGAGCGGGGGUCUCCAGGCGGGAAGACGCUUCGUCCCCCCCGUUGGACCAGGGCCGACACCAACGGUUCAACUGCCAAGGGUCAAGGGUCAAGGAGGUGGGGGUUCUGGCGCCGAAGCGGCAAAGUGA